AUGCCAAGCAAGAUUGUCAUUAUAGGGGCCGGUUUCGCCGGAGUUUGGAGCGCCCUCUCAGCCAAACGUCUCAUCACUCUCAAGAACAAAGAGCAAGACAUUGAGGUUCUCGUCAUCGCCCCCGAACCAUCGCUGACUCUCCGCCCACGUCUAUACGAGCCUAAUCCCUCAAAGAUGAAACAACCCCUCGCACCGCUUUUUACAUCUGCUGGUAUCGGGUUCUUCCAAGGCACCGUCGAGACAAUCGACACGAACUCGCAGACGGUCCAUGUCAAAUCUCCGUCUGGUGACGAAUCUGAUGUUCGUUACGAUCGGCUUGUUCUUGCAGCCGGAAGCGCAGUGGCGCGACCCAAGAGUGUCACUGGUCUUGAAAAGUAUGCCUUUGAUAUUGAUUCAAUCGCAGCUGCCACUAAGCUUGAGUCUCAUAUCAAGAAUCUGGAGUCCCUUCCCGUCAGCAAAGCCCGCAACACCGUGGUUGUGUGCGGCGGUGGCUUCUCGGGCAUUGAAAUUGCAACAGAGCUACCAAACAUGCUCAAGCACAUUGAGAACCCCCGCAUUGUUCUUGUUGAAAGUGCUCCAGAUGUUGGUCCCGAGCUUGGAGAGGGUCCUCGUCCUACCAUCAUGAAAGCUCUAGAAAGUCUCGGUGUUGAACUCAAGCUCAAUGCUUCCGUUACUUUAGUUGACUCAAAUGGAGUCAAUCUUUCGUCUGCAGAGCGGAUUGAAGCAAUGACUGUCAUCUGGACCGCUGGCGUGCGAGCAACGUCCCUGACUCAGCAAAUUCCUGGGAAGAAGGACAUGCUCUUCAGACUUUACGUCGACCAAGAUCUCCGUGUUCCCGGUUGUUAUCACGUCUUUGCUACCGGUGACGCCGCCCAUGCCGCUACUGAUACAAAAGGCAAUGUUACCAUGCCGUCAUGCCAACACGCCGUUGUCUUGGGCCGUUUCUCAGGACACAACGCAGCAGCAGACCUCCUCGGCGAGCCAACUCUUCCGUAUUCCCAGCCUGGAUACGGUACAUGUCUCGACCUUGGGCCAUGGGGUGCGAUGGUAGCUAAUGGCUGGGACAGGGAGGUCACAGUCACCGGGCAGGUCGCAAAGCAGGUGAAAAGAUACGUCAACCAGAAAGUGAUUAUACUUCCGGAGACUGCCAAAGAGGCACUAGAUGCUGCAGAUCCUGCUUCUUAUGACUCUGAAAGUCGGCUUAAGCUUGUCCUUGGUUUAUUGGGGUGGACGUUGCGCAACUGCAUUAGUAAUGACAGGACAAAACUGGGCUAG